UACAGAGACACCGUUCACGAAACUUGUCUUAUUCAUCUUUGCUUCUACUUUCUUCUUUUUAAACGAACUUUUCUUUUGCAUCAGAAGAAUCGAAUACUCUCACAUACGAUGAGCGUAUUAUUGGUAAAAAAAAUCGGAAAUACCUCGGAGAUAGAAAAAUAAUUUCGGGCGCAAUCCCGUUCGAUUGCCGUUGAUCCGUUCGAAAUUCCCGGCGAAACCAAAGCCGACUUCUGUGCGACAGUGACCUCGAACGUUUCAUCCGAACCGCGUGCUUCUCGUCUCGUGAUUUCACAAAGUUAUUACGUUCUUCGAAUGAUGAAUUUUGUUUUGUUACAUCGUGACUAUAGUGAGGUUGUAGUUUUUAUCUGAUGACUGUGAAUAAGGAUAUUUUCACCUCUGAUACGUCACAGUGAAGAGACCUAUCUUCAGAUGGUAAAGUGGUGUUUACAAUAAGGAUCCAGUGUUCGGCGCCUAAAAGCGUAGUGCCGUUUAGGAAUGAUGGAAGAAGCAGCAGCUCCUGACAAAUUCGAAGUUGAUGACAGGCCAACGACCCCUCAUAUAUCGAAACUAUUAUCGAAAUCCGCAGGAGAUCUAUCGGAAGAUGUACAAAUUUUGUCAGUCAACAGACUGACCGUCGAGAAGAUCGUGUUAGAAAAAGGUGGAUCGCGCGAGGUAUUGCUAACGAAAAGUGAAACUACGAAAAAACUAUGCGAACGUACUGCGAGGCUUCCAACGCCAAAAUCACGAUCGUCCUUAUGGCGAAAGAGAUCGAGCAGUACCGAUGAAUUAUUAACAGCUCCAAAAGUACAGAAUUUCAAAAUUAUAAAUAACUUUGACUUGUCAUUAGUGACCGAUCGUUCUGCAAGGGGGUCAAAAUCGAUCGUUCUGCAAGGGGGUUCAAAGUUGCCAAUAUCGAAAACUCGCAACAACGAAAAACGAAUAAGCCCCAUUAAACUUACGAAAAAUUCCUCGAUCGGUAGCCUCACCAGACUUAAUAGACCUGUGAAGUUAUCGAAUCUUGGCAAAAUACGUAAAACUCCGCCUGAAGUUCCACCCAAACCAAAAAAAAAAAAUUAUCCUGCAACAUCAUAUGUUCAGCCUAUCAUAAAACCAACGGUAACUUCACCAUUAGUCGAAGUGUCUACGAAUUUCUCUACUAAUGAUCAGGAUACUCAUAACGCUUUAGAAGUGAAAGAAAAAAUAUAUUCACAAGAUUUAUCAGAUUCGAAAAGAAACUCCAUUGUUGGGAAAACUGAAGCUAGUAAAGCUCACGAAAUUUUAGAAAGGAGCCAAUCAAAAAUCGAGCGACUUCAGAAGAAUUUACGAACUCAAAUAAAUCUUUCCACAGCCCAAACUUAUAAGCAGAAACUUCCCGGUGUUAGUGCUUUGAGAAUAUCAACAAUAGCCAACUUAGAUCUAAACGAAAAUAUUGCGAAGACAACAACGUUUGACAAAGAUUUUCUUGAGCGACAUAAUUACGAUACUCAAUUGAAAAUAGAAGAAAAAGGUUUACUCGAAACUGACAUCGAUAACGUAUCGGAUAUCGAUAGGAACGACGAUGCGUCAAGUUCUGACAAGCCCCGAUAUAGUAAGAAGGUAUUGGAAGUCGAGAAGAGGUGGUCUGGUGAUUUUUUGGUAAAUAAUUUCGAACAAAAUUCCUCGGAAUCUUCAUAUGUUGAAGAAUUGGGUAGCGUUUCGUCACGCGAGAGUAUCAAAACUGAAGCCACAAUCAAAUUUAGCAACCAUCGAAAUCCUUCGAAGUACGAAGGACCCGGCGAACAUUCACGAAAGCAGAGUAUCGAUGAAAUUUUCGAAGAAACCGUCAGUACAGUUGAUUCGGAUUCCUGUUUUGAGGAUAGGAUAAAAGCGAUUGAUGAUGACAUUAAUGAUUCAGUAAUCGCUGAUACUACGGAAGACGUCGAGUCAAACGAUAACAGUUUGUCGAAAAAAAGUACGUUAAGAGUCUUGGAAUCCGCACAUGAUUCCAAGUCCGAUUAUUCGCUUGACUCAGAUAAAAGAUGGGAUCUGACUCGAAACAUCUGUGACAAAAUUGAAUCGAAAAAUCAAGUGAUAAACAACUCGGGUGACGCAGAGACGGAAAAACAAAACUUAGCUGCAAAUGUUCUGGAAAAUGAUGAUUUUUGUAUAGCGAAUUCGGAUAUUAGCAAAGAUUACGUUAUUCGUAAUUAUUCAGAACACCGGGAGGAAUCAGAGUUAGCUGGCACAAGUUCCAGUCCUGACGGUUACGCGAGCUUAAUUAAAGAAUUCACGAUGGAAGGCACCUCUUCAAAAACUCCUAAGGAAGAAAAGAAGAAAAAAAGUGGACUCCGUCGGCUCUUGCCUGGUAUAUUUUCUCCGAAGGAAUCUCGGAAAGAAUACAAAAGAGAACAAAAAGAGCGAAAAAAACGAGAGGAAAGGCAUUUUAAUCAACAUCAACAGAAUGGAAUUUUUACCAGAUCUCCAGAUUCGAUGAAUCUUAAUGAAGACAUAACUAGGAAUGUUAAACUCGAUACAAGCUUAAAUAGUUCGAUUAUCGAGGAGAGACUCAAUGAAAUAAAGCAAGAAUUGUUCCCCGAACAGGGCAUGACGACGAGUACGCCGGAUCAUUUUUUACAAAACGAUCGAACUGUGACCCAGGAUCCACGAUCUGCAAGAUCUUUCACUGUUAACUCCUCUUUAAGUUCGAUCGCACCAGAUGAUAAAUGGCUCGAUCAUAAUAUAAUCAGCGGAUCACCAGACAUGCGAAAAUUCAAACAAAGCUUGCGUAAUGAUACCGAUCGAAAGUGUAGCCUUGAGAGAAAACAUAGCUUACAGGAAUCCAAUCAGCCAAGAUUCGUCCGCAAUCAUGGUCCUUCAGGAAGAAUUUCCGCGCCGCCCAGUGAACGAUUUCUCAUACGUCCUCGAGCUGUGCAUCCAGUGGAUCGUCCGCUUCCCGCGAUACCGCAAAAACAUGAAAUAUCGAACUAUGAAAAUCACGAGCAAAUACGAAAAUAUCCAAAUUAUUUUCGCAGGCAGGAGAGAAUUGAUUCGUUGAAAAAUUAUGGCACAAGUUCUUGCAGACAAGUCGCUGGCAAUGACAACUAUACAAACGACCCCAGUCUCUAUGAGAAUGGUAAUCACAUAAUCGAGAAAGCAGAAAUCAACAGGAAUCAAAGUAUCGAUUCAGGUUUCAAUCUCACACCCGUAUCAGCACAGGUGAAGAUCACCCGUCAAUUAAUAGUUAAUCAAAACCAGAAAGGUACGCUCAUCGGUCGUUCGCCCAAAUAUUCUCCGAGUUCAAGCCACAAAUCUGGAGAUUAUGCUGAUUCGAGUUAUACACCAAAUUCCAGUCAGAAAAGCGAAUUUUCACCUGGGAGCUCGAAAAGUGGAGAGUACUAUCUUAAUUCACCACGUAAUAGUUGCAGAACUUCGCCAAUCGACAGUUGUGAUGAACGGAGAGACCAGUCUUCGCUGUGCGAUCAACAGCAUCUGUACCGUCACUGUGAUGGUAGUCAGGAUCAAGAACUAGCACAGAAUGCACCAUAUCCAGUGUCACCUAAAAUCAGGGUUCAAACAAAAGACGAACAGGUUUAUGAUGUAGCUCCGAUAUCACCAUUACAAGAGAUUCGCGUUGACAAAGUAUUACCCAACCCUCGGCACGCGAUCAUUCAAACUAACACGGAUCAGGAUACGUUUUAUUCUGCUCAAAAAAGCUCUCCGAACAUUCCAUUGUCGACCAAUCUAGCGAAGUUGCGAGCUAACGUGGAUACGGAAGGAUUCCAGCCUGCUAGUGACGAGCAUUUAUUGAACAAAAAUGAAGGACACACUUGCUCGAGAAUGACUUCGCCUAUUCCAUCAACAAGAACGUUAGCUUCCCCAUUACAAUUUAGAGACUCUCCAACUCAUCGUGAAGACAGAGAACAGCGUUCGUCGAUUCAAAAUCUUCCGAGAGUAAUGUCACCAUCCAGAAUUCAAAGGAUUACAUCCCCGUUAACAGUUUUAACCCCGGCUAGUCCCUCGCCUAUUUCCACUUCAAUAACUUCGCCAAAUAGUGCUGCUAAUACGAAUUCGAGUCUUUUACCCGCUAAUUCCCGAUGUAUGGCUUCACCCAAAAAUGCCUCACAAGAACGCGACUCAACGCAAGAACCUCAGCACCGUAGGCAAACGAAUCAAUCCAGAACACCACUUUUGUCGCCUAAUAUAACCCAAAAUAGAGUUACUCCAUCAACUGAAUCUCACACUCCCAUUUCAUCGUUCAAUUCUCGCCGAGCACAGCCGAAUGAUCAGAUUCUCAUAGCAUCACCAAAACGUGAAGCGAGCAUGUAUGAGUCCCAAAGUGGUCGUCUCAAUGGAGCAAUGGAAUCAGGAUGUCCGGAUUCACCUGUUCCAAUGGCUGAGUCACCCAGUCAGGUUAUGGUACCACGGACCCAACGGUUAAGGCAAAAUUUGUACGAUUCCAGCAAAUCUCAAGCUACUGAAAAUCAAAGUUCGAGAGAUGAAGUGCGUCAAGCUCGCGAUAUUGAUCAAUCGGUUCAAAGAGCUUCACCGAUUAUUCGUUCAAUGUCCCCACCGAUUGACUCGAGAACAACCCAAAAAAAUAUCCCAAGACCCGAACCAAUUUAUCUGAGCCGACACGCCGGUCAGCGAGCCUUGUCACCAAUGACAGUGCAAUCAGAUGUAAGAGGAGGACACAACCCUAUUGUAUCCUCUGGAGAAAGUCAAUCUAAUACUCUCAUGGUUCAAGAACGGCCUGAAAAUAUCCGUGUUCAUGUACCUAGUAGUAAUCAGAAGCAGCAUGAACAUGGUGUUCAUCAAAUGCUAGGACAAUCUAAUUGUGAAAGACCCGAAGAGACCAUUUACGUGGCAAGACGUGUACAGUCGCCUUCGAGUAACUCACGCAUGCAUUCCCAAAGACCAGAAGUCAUCUAUAUGCAGAAAGAUCAAAGUUUGUUAGUUCCAAAUGUCGAGACAAAAAGAGCACUAUGCCCGAGUUUAUCGACAUCGAGUCAGUCGCAACAACGGUUUGAUGUUGAUCCUCGAAGAGUUCACCGAGUAAGUGAGGAUAUUUACGGAGAUUGCAGUCGUGGAAGAUUACGGGAUAGUCCAGUGAGCGAGCAACUGUAUGGAACUCGCCAACACCAACGAUCGCCAGCUUCCCCGAAGCCAAUAUUGGAGGAUGGCCUUAGACAGAAUGUUCAUGUGAUAGAUCAACAAAACCGCGGAACACCAAUAAGUUCAAAAUCUAUCCAGCAACAGCAAAAUCAACAGCAAAUUUGCGCCUCAAAACAAAAAACGUUGGCAGAUAAUCGGCAGCUCAUAUACGAAAGUCAGCAACUGGACUCGGGGGAAGUAAUGUAUGGACAAAAACAGUCUCUGAAGCAACACGAGCCAAUUUACGGUCAGCGCUCUUCGGAACCGAUUUACGGUCAUCACACAAACCGUCAAAUGUCACCAUCGAAACGACAGAUGUUGCAGCACCUCGAAGCUUUCUACUGGCAACAGAAAGCUUUGGAUGCGCAAAGAAAAUCAACAGAUUCUCCAACUUUACAAAUUCGUGCAAUCGACGAAACUAAAAUCGAAUCUCCGGAAGUUCGCGAGGCUAUCUAUUGGCAACAGUUGAAGAAACUCGAUGAAGAACAGCAGAGAAAAAUAUUUGAGAAUAAUCAAAUUGAAGAAAAGAGUGAUCCCCUCUGUUGUGGAAAACGGCUCCCAUGUUCUAAUAAUUCAUUACCGGUAGGAAGUCAAUUGAGACAUGGAUCGAAUCCAAGUCUUGUUAAUCAGAAUUUAUCGGUUGCGCUACCUCAGGAAAAACAAGUUUCUCCAAAUGAACAGAUUCAUUGGCAGAACAAACUACUUCAAUCUAAGAGUCAAAUACCGGUAGGAAAACCACCGAUGAUCGGGCAGAAGGGGCAGAAUCAGCCCGUGUUAGUAGUAAGACCUCAACAAGCUGUCCGCGGAUUAGAUCGAACGAACCAGAAUAUCAAUUACGAUCAACGCGAUGGAGAAAUUAUAAGACACGAUGGGCUAAGAUCGAAAAGUGUAUCACCUCAUUUCACACGUGGUGAUGAACGUCGUAGCCUGAGUCUGCCCAGGAAACCUGAAUUGUUGAAUGACGACGUAAGAGUAAAUGUCAAAAUCAAUCGCGACGUUCGCACGACUAAUAUUGCAAAUUCUCAUCGCAAGGCCAUCACACCACCUACCUAUGAAGUUAACGAUAUCGAAGGAAUCGACACAGCAAAAAAACCUUUGGCUCCACCACCGAUUUUCAAACGUGGAAGCUUAAUAAGCAAUUCGAGCAGUUCCGUAGAAUACGGAACUAUGGGCACGAAACGCGUGAGCUUUUCCAAUCAGGCAAACUCCACGGAAAUCGGCCCUGGUAAUUGGCCAACGAAGCAUGGCAUGGCGCCUGAGCCACCAACGCGAAAGCAUCGAACUGAAGAUAGGAGCCCUAUCAGCUCGGAAACAAAUGAUUCAAUGUAUCUUCAAAGUUCAACCGAUGAUCAGAGCAGUGCUAAUAAUGUUUACGGCAAUGUUGGUAAACCAGUGAGUGGACAAAAUGAAGAUGAAGUGACAUCGUUCCUCGGACAGAGAGAGAUCGUAAACGAGACUGAAUACGACGCUAAACCCCUGCCACCACCACCGCAUGAAAUAUCUUGGAUGUUGAAACGUAGUUCAAGCUUGAAAGACAGUUCGGGUAAUCCCGGCAGAAUUUCAAGGUUUGAGAUUCAACGAGCUAAAGUCCCGGCAAAUCCUCGGAAGUGGCCCGGUGUCAGUGAAAGCGAGAGUGGAAGCGAAGCUGGUGAGGUGCAAAAAAUUCUUCAGCGACGUAAUGAGGAAGAGUGGAAUCCUGGUGGCAAAGGUCGACAAACCAAUGACGCAGGUGGUUCCGGGAGGGCGGAGGGUGAGGGCGGCUCGAACGAUAUUGGCGGUAGUCGUCGAGGAGGCGGCGGGAGCGGCGGAGUUUUGGGCGGCGGCCGGGGUUCCGGCACUUCCGGGAGCGGCGGCGGUGGUGCCGGGGGCCGUUCGAGAGACGAGCCACGACGUCACACCCUUAGCGGUGAUCAUCAACCAUCCCUUCAUCACCAACAGUUUAAUACCCCGCAACUUCAUCCCCUGCAUCCCCAUCAUCUUCCACCGCCUCACGGCCAGUACGGUACCCCGCCGAAUCGACACACAACCAUGGAUCUCGAGAUGGGGACCAAGUCUCGCCAGAGAAAGUCGCCUCUGCCGAGGGGUUAUCCACCUCCCUCUUCGACGAUGCUCUUCGAUGAUGACCCGGGCAUCAUGUCCGAAGUUGAGACCUCGAGCACUGGAUUUCGAAGGGGUGGCAAACAACGAAGCAGUCUACCCGUUGUCAGAACACCGAGCAAAACUUUGGAGCGACCAUUAGGUCAGGUAUUCCUGCAGUACAGGAACGAGACGAAGAGGGCGCUCCUACCAAACGAAAUAACGAGCAUAGAUACCGUCAAAGCUCUCUUCGUGAGAAGUUUUCCCAAACAACUUACGAUGGAAUAUCUUGACAGUCCUCAUGUUAAGGUUUACAUACACGACAGCAACAAAAACAUGUUCUACGAGCUCGAGGAUCUCAGGUCUCAUCUUCGUGACAUCAGGGACCGGAGCGUCUUACGUUUGUUCGAGAGUACAGACGGUGUUGCUGGAAUGCCUGGACCAAUGGGAGUGCCAGUUGGUGGAGCAGGACUUCCAGCCCACUGGGAGGAUCAGAGUUACUUUAGCGAGCCCGAGUUCGACAGUGAAUUUCAACAUCAACAUAUACAUAAGAGCAAGACUUCUAAAAAUUCGACUUCGGGCAAUAGUUAUUAUAUGGGAGGGAGCAGUACAUUGCCAAGAGGCGGUUCACUGAUGCGGGCUUACAGUCCAGCGACCUCGUCUGUCGUGGCUGGACCAAAUGCCACCCCGACACAACCUAAGGCUCUUGGUACACCGGGUGGUGGCGGUGUGGCACCAGCCAAGCCGCUUCGCAGUUACCAAUGCAGUAAGAGUCCCCUCGGCAGCCUUGGGGGCUCGGCACGCUUCUCUAGAGACAGCUCGGUGUCCCUGUAUAGUAUACCAGAUCGACUACACGGUGAAAGUGGCUACAUGAGCAGUCCCGAAAGAGGUGGUGGUGUUGGCACGGGAUCGGGCAGAUAUCCUGGUGGUCCAUACAGCACCGGUAGCAGUUAUGAAGAGCCUUAUUAUUCGCAAUAUUCCGGUACCGUUACACCGGUCAUCGAUGAGGAAGCGAGUGGGUGGUGCAGCGAUACGGAACUGUUGGAGGAAUCGUACAGCCUUUAUGGCGUUAAACCACCGGGCCGUCCACCUUCAGGUCCCCCGAGAUCCCCAUUUCCUCCAGGAGCUCCGGCUCUGCCUACUGGGCAGCCGUACGACGUCACUCGGAUAAGGGUGGAACAGAUGGAACGUCAGCUUGCUAAUUUAACCGGUCUCGUGCAAAAGGCUCUAACUCAUGCUCCACUCACGAGUCCCUCGCCAAGGGACUAUUUGCAAGUCCCGGCAGGACGUGAUCCAUACACAAGAACCACAGGCGCCGGGGACGAGUUCGACAAACAAUCUAGCUCCAGCUCCGCCUCACUGCCAGAUGACUCAUACUUAAGGACUGACGUAAAGCCACCGAAAUUAGGCAAAGACAAGUCGGUGUCGUUCGAAAAAUCAGUAUCCUUCAGUGACGAACCACCGGAUAUGAACUCCCCCAAACAACACUCCCCGCAACACGCAGCGGAUACAAAACCCACGAAACCAGCCAUAAAAUCCUCGACUUUGCCUCGGAUGUCCUCGCAAGAAAGAGACAGACACAAACCCACACCACCGCCAAAACCCGUAGCUCUGGCAGCUGGCCAAUACGUUUAUCGAGAUUUAGCUCUUACACCGGAGAUGUACAAUCAACUGAGAGGCUUGCAAAAAAAGGCGAAGGACCUUCGUCAAGAAGUUCGAAAUCUACGUCGUAUGUCACAGACACAGGCUCACACAGUUCGAGAAACAAUCAGAGAUACUUUCAUUACAAUACGGGCAAUGCUACUAUCGGGUGGAGAAGCAGCUUGGGCAGCAGGUGACACUGAAAAAAUGAGACUGAACCGCGAAGAAGACCUCUACAAGCAAGAAAUGAUUAGGCUGGAAAAAGAUCUUACCGAGCUAGAGAGUACGGUGGAGGAAUUACGAGGCAACGUCAUUAAUCGUAAGACUCGUGUGAACAUGUCAGAUGUUGAAAAUAUGGCUCUCAUUCUUAGCAAAUCCAGCAAAACUGUGGCAGAUCUGAAGGUCCGUUUCCCAAGCCUUCAGGAAGGUAUGAAGGGCCUGCUAAGUUCUGAAAUGGAAAAAGUUGUGAGGGAAGAAAAAUUCUUGAAAGAAGAGCCUGAACGUCUUGAAUCAGCAUUGAGAAGAUGCAAGAAGCUUACCGGCACUCUCGUCACGCUCAAACGCUUGGCGUCGGUGCAAGAGCAGCGAUCACCAAAUGCAGCGAGCGUAGAUGCCGAAGAAACGCCACCAAUAACGCCAACGUCGGCUCAACAUUCUAAGACAACUGCCCCUGUGCCAGCGGAACGCACUGUCGUGGGGCCAACGGGCGUCAUCGGGGGAGGGGCCCACGUUAUCGAGUCAUCCACCCCAAAUCAGCAGCGUCCGGAGAACGCACUCGACGCUCUGCUAGAUGAGUUGCAAACGUUCUCCAGACCAACAUCGCAACUGAGCCAAGCGUCGGGUAUGAUGAUAGGACAAUCGGUAAAUCACAUGCCAAAUUUGUCCGAAAUUGGCCGAUCAGCGAGCCAAAUUGUACAGAGCAGUGGUAGAGCACCGAACAUGUCGGACAUUGGUCGUAAGGGUAGUAUAGAUUCAUCGACAAGUCUCGCGAUCGUCGCACCGGGUCAUUCCAACACGCUCAGGCGUUUGCACUCGUAUCCAUCGAGCUCGGACACGGAUACUUCACCACCAAUAGCCAGACUUCAGGUAUCAGACUCCGGUGGGAUUUUGCCACCGCAAAAGCCUCCGGUACCAGAGCGAAAUGCCGAAUUAUUGCAAUUGGCAACUUCGAGACGAGUACCACCACCACCGCCACCCCGUACAAGCUCGAGAUCACCGUUGGCCAGUCCAACGAGUCCUCAAUUGCCACCUCGCAAUCCAACCGGUACACUCCGUCGAGGACGUGCCAAUCCAAAAGAAAGUGGCAAACCUCCAAUGGCUUUACCACCAAAUGCGAAUAACAACGACGAGAGCUUGCCUCCCAAUAAUAACAUAUUAUCCGCGAGUAAUUCGAGCUCCUGCGAGAGCAUUAAUUCCCAGGAAGGACUCCAGAACAAGAAAGGACGUCAGGAACAACUGGAACAGAGACAUCAAGAAUUAUUGCGUAAACAAAAAGCCCUGCAAGAACAAUACGCACGUCUGCAACAAUUACACAGGAACGCAUCUGGCCUCGCAACCGUUCCACCCGCACCGCCUGAUUUGCUCAAAAAAACUGGUUCCGAAUCGAAUCUCCUGGCUAAAAUGGGACUUGGAUUAAGCACUACUAGCUCGGGCUCGCUUACCAGCCUUACCAUCAGCAAAGUCAAUGCCGACGGACAGCCCUCUGCAACAUCCGUGCAAUCGUUACAACAACAACAACAGCAACAACAACAACAACAGCAGCAACAACAACAGCAACAACAACAACAGCAACAACAACAACAACAACAACAACAACAAUCCGAUUCGCAGAACUCUCAAGCUAUCAGCCAGACGACAACGAGCAAAAUCUACGAGACUGACAUUCUGUGACCGAGAAGUUGGCUAUUGUUAUCGAGCCUCGUUACGUUCGUUUAUUAUCAUUCGAUGACGAUUCUCGUGUCUAGCUAAUUGAUCAACGACGAUACCGACGAUAAAAAUAUCAUCGGCACGAAUGUAUACUCGAGGCAGCUUACGGGAACAGUGGAACAGCAAAUCAAGAUUACGGCUUCGAUCUCUUGGGACGAAAGUGACGUUUCUUAUAUUUAUAUUUAUAUAUUUAUGUUCGAUUCCCAAUAAUGUUCGGACUUUUUUCAACGAUUCGAAGAAUCUAUAUGGAUUCAUUCUUACUUUGACCAAUGAUCGAAGAAACAAUCGAGGAACAGUUUCGGAGAUUAUUCUGUCUCGCAAUUUUUGCCUGUUUACUUGUGCCAUUUUGUCAACUAGUUCUAUCGACCAUCGUAUUAACGAAUCGUUGAUCACUAUGAUACCGUAGGAGGCACAACGGAGGACAUUCAGACUGAAAAUCCGACUUGUCGAAUUUGUGCAAAAUUAUUUACCGAUAUAUUAUAUUAUAACGUAAUAAAAAAAUGACAUAAAGAGGAAAAAAAUUUAACAUCGUUACAUUUUUGAUUGGGAAAAAAAAAAAAACACACAAUAAAAUUAGCUAAAUUUGUUCAUUUGCCGCGUGUAUACGUUUACGGGCAAACAAAAUUGGGACUCUCGUCGGCGAGAUUUUAGGCAUUUUUUAAAGCUACUAGGUUAAAUAUACUCACAUAUGAAUGAUCAUGUGCAAGAAAUAAUAAGUCGCAAAUGGAUGAAAUAAUAUCAAAAAUGUGCUAAACUUCAAGAUCAUCACUAAACAAACAAGGGGAACUCUCCAUACAAAUGAGUUAUCUCGUUAUCCGGGAUGAAUGGAAUAAAGUAUGAGAUUUUUUGUGACCGAUGCGCGUGUAUGAUUUGGAUAUAUAUAUACACACACUGGAAUUAAAUGAAAAAAUGAAAAAUAUACACUACGUAGAAAUUAGAAGAGCCGUGAACAUUAUAUGAAUGAGAAAAAAAAAAGAUAAAUAAGCGAUACUUGAUAUGCUAAUUGUAACGACAACAAAAAUGACGAAUUCGAUAGUGAGUUUUCAUCCAAGCUAUUCAUUAAAAUUGCUCGGUCUUGGCUGUUAUAUUGAUAGGUGGUAUAAAUGUCAUCACGGAGCAACGCUACUGGGAUUUCGUCACGUAAUAUUUUUUUUGUUUCGGUGUUAAUCCUCUUCGUACAUCAUUUUGCAAGAUGGAAGCAAAUUGAUGAAAAAGUUGUCCGAGUAUAGUGUACACGAUUGAACGAGAAGCGACAAAUUAUAUAUUAUUCAAAUUGACGAACUGUGACGAUAUCGCACUCCGAUACGGGUCGAAAUACGACGCAUAAAAUUAGUCUGGCACUAUCUUAAUAAUAAUUGUAGUAAUAAUAGUGAAAUAAAAAAUUAAUUCAUAAUGAUAUUUGAAUCUGAAUUGAAAACAAAAAAAAAAUGAAAAAAAUUAAAACAUUCGCCCCGCGGGAAUGAGAAAUAUUUAUUGAAAUAUUUCUGCUCUGCUCGAUCGUGGGAACGAAAACCUUGUGCUCCUCAUUAUUAUAACAUCGGGACACAAAGAUGCACGUCAUGUUAUAUACAAAUGAACAUCUUCGAAAAAAUUUUCAGUUCCGCCAUAUGUCGUCUCGGCGAAUGAUAAUCAUGUACGAUCUUGAUCGAUCUCGACUGAAGGAAAAAGAAAAAGAAAAAAUAGACAUCAAUCUAUAUAUUAUAUGAUAAUAAAUUCCGUUAAUUUCUGCCGAAAGAGAUAACGCCAAGUUAUUUACAGUAUUAUGCAGUAUAAUGAACGAGCCAGCACGAGGAUUUACGAAAAUGGCUUAUUCAGUAUCCAUCGGAUCUUGCAGAAUAAAAGACAAAAAAAUAAACAAACAAAAAAUUAUCACCGGUAAACUGAUCGGAAAGAGCAGCUCGUGUUUAUGUAACGCUAUAACUAAAACUUAUCAUUAAAUAACAAACUAUUGUUGAAACGAGAAAAAAAAACAGAAAUAACUGGAUCCAAAAGAUGGGAAUAAACGUAAAAAACGAAGAGAAAUAAAUCAAUAAACUCGGGAAGCAAAUCUAAUUUAUUUAGAUGAGACUAUAGCGGAAUAUUAAUUAUGUGUGAAUUCGAGAGUGUAAAACGAGAUAAACAAUGUUUGCAUGGGACUGCUUCGAAUAAUCAUUACGAACAGUUUUGAAUAUGUACGAAAAACACUGAACUAUCACCGAAAUCAAUCUGUCUCGCAUAAACGAGAUUAAAUAAAAUUGAAAAACAAAAAAAAAAAUAAAAAAAACAAAAGGAGGAUUUAUUUAAUCGCCUGUGCCAAGACAUUUGUAGUAUAAAUUUAUAUAUAUAUAUAUAUAAAUAUAAUUUCGAGGAAGGUAUACAGCCUGAGAUUUGUCAAUUUAUUUUUAUUCUUUCCAUCUACUUUAAUUACACGUGUCGCCGUUAUACUCGUAACAACUAUUUAGAUUAUUAUUUUUAUUAUUAUUAUCAUUAUCAUCAUUAUUAUGAUUAUAUUAUACAUACCUAUGUACACACAACAUACAUUUAAGGAGUUAAGUUAAAAACGAUUAAAAAUAAACAUAAAAACUGAUGACAAUGUAAACGUAUCACAAAUGACGACUGAAUGCUAUGUGUUUCUUGGAUUUGUCGGAAUAACAAUAUACAGCAUUUUGUGUAAAUGAUAUUGCAUCAAAUACAUUCGUACAUUUUUUCUUUUACAAAAAAAGUAAACAUGAGAAAGAUAAAUUAUUUAAUAGAGUAAAAUCCUUCAAUCGUUCCGGCAAGAUAUGCGAAUUGAAUUUGAAUGUGCCGAUUCGAAUGUAUUGUUCCUUCUUCUUUAUGCUUUGACAUUUUCCAAAAUUAAAAAAUUGCCUAACAUUGAAGUCCUGAAGUCCUGAAAUUGAUCUUCGUUACUACAAACUUGCAUCAAACUUUUUGUUGUACACGUCAAAUAUUCUACUGACAACCGAUCGAUUAAGAAAAUCGACUAGUAGCCGAUGGUCGGGGCAUAGACUAUUUUAGAUUGGCGAAUUAUUCCAGCGAAAAAUGCACUAUCAUGCAACGAAAAUUGAUAAUUUUUGGGUAGAUUUUUCAGAAAGUAUUUUUAAUAUUUUUCGAUUUCUGUAAUACAAAAAUAAACGUUUUCUGUCAUACUAAAAAUUUGGAUGAUUGAGAAUCGUCGUAAAAUGAUCGAACGGAGAUUGUCACUCUUACGAUGCAAUGUCAUAUAACAUUAUAGAGAGAAACAGAGAACAAAAUGCUGCAGAACGACGACGACGGCGACGACGACGAAUUCAGCCCGAAAAUAUUCCAAAGGAUAGAACACAUGUGUGCAAAAAAAGGAUUAUAAUAAAAUUGCUCAAACAACAGAACCCUUAAUAUCGCAAAUAUUAUCAAUAAUAAACUGACUAUACGUAAGAUAUGCGAAUUAUGGGAGACUGUAAAUGGGGAGUCUAAACGAUUCGUAUGCGCGUAUAUAAAUUAAUAAACUUUAUCGACGUAAUAUCUCAAGUUAGAUCAAAUUUUUAAUUAACUUUCGAAUUUAAUGUGGUCUUUCAAAGCCUGAUUUUUUAAUACAAAUGUGCUUAGAUACGUUUUUUUUCUAUGAAUUUUCAUCAUGAUUUUACCGUCGUUCGAAAAAACCCGGAUGAUAAAAAAAAUGUGUAGGACCAGUUGGAGCGAAAAAAAAAUUUCCAAAGCUUACAAUCUUCAGUGUUGCUUCUUCAAGACUCUUGAUGCGAAUCACAUAAUAUGAAAAUCAAAUCCUGUGACGUCAAUUGUUUCUCCUCAUUAACAAUUGGCAGAAGCAAAACAGAACUUCCUGUGGAAAUCGCACCAGUGAAUGGGCUGCUGACAUUAAUUUCCAAGUAUUUUUUUUUUAAAUAUACAUCAAACCACUAUACGUAGCACUCUGAAUAAAUUCGCUCAUCAGUUGGAUAACAAAUGUAUUUAAUCAACAAAUGUUAUUUAAUGGCCUAAUCAAUCGUAGCAAUACAAGAAUCGAUUUCUUCUCAAAUGAUUCUCAAUCGAUUUCUUCGAACGAUGAAAAGUUAACACACUUAUUGAAUUAGUGCUUCUUCAUAAUUUGCACAUAUUUAUGAAACACGCUAAAACCACCUCAUUGCGAUAGAACUAUUAGUAAUGUCCGAUCUCAAGGAUCGACGAUGAUUCUUAUUUUUGAAUAGCCGUUAUCUUUCUCUUAACUUGGGUGAAAGGUAAAACAAUGUGUUUCGUUAAAUUUAUCUAUUAUUGUAUUUAUAUGGUAGGAUUAACUUUGUACAAAGCUCAUUUUUUUAUGCAUGCACGUUCAAUUGAAUCGAGAUUUCUUUUCUCAUAUAUAUAUAGAGUGGUGUAUUCCACAUCGUUAGGAACGAUCGACAUAUUUUACGAAGCGAAUUGAACCUCAUCCAUUGAUCCCGGGCGCGCGCGCGCUUACAUCUCAAAAAAUGCACAGAGUGAAAAACUUCGAAGGAGAUAUGUUGUAUUUAGUAAUAUUAUGAAUCAUUAGUGUAAUGUUUUUUCUGACAGUCCCUUGUACGCCAAAUUGAAUUGACUUGUUACAUUUGUAAAUGUUUGUAAGUAAUUAAAUAAUAAAUUAAUCACGGUAUUAA